CAAUCAACUGAAUGUCCCACAGGUGGACUCCAAUCCGCUGAAUGUCCCACAGGUGGACUCCAAUCCGCUGAAUGUCCCACAGGUGGACUCCAAUCCGCUGAAUGUCCCACAGGUGGACUCCAAUCCACUGAAUGUCCCACAGGUGGACUCCAAUCCGCUGAAUGUCCCACAGGUGGACUCCAAUCCGCUGAAUGUCCCACAGGUGGACUCCAAUCCGCUGAAUGUCCCACAGGUGGACUCCAAUCCGCUGAAUGUCCCACAGGUGGACUCCAAUCCGCUGAAUGUCCCACAGGUGGACUCCAAUCAACUGAAUGUCCCACAGGUGGACUCCAAUCCGCUGAAUGUCCUACAGGUGGACUCCAAUCCGCUGAAUGUCCCACAGGUGGACUCCAAUCGCUGAAUGUCCCACAGGUG